UAAAACUAACCAAACUUCAAAAUUUGACAAGUGAUAGCAUAUCCAAAGGCAAAUAAAUCCAAAAACAAAAAUUUUCCCUAAAAAAUACCAAAAAUACAUCGUUACUGCUAUAAUUCUUUGUUCAAAAAAGUAUGUCGGACUCGGAGGACGACUAUAUGUCGUUCAAAGUACUCGUAGAUUGUCAGGAAGAUGUACGUCCCAGCCUCUUAGUCAACCGAGAAAAACGCAAGCAUGAGAUUUUUAAAAAGAAACUCGAUUCUUCUAACAAACGCCAAAAAACCAUAGGGGAGCUAGAGCGAGAACACAGAGAUAUUGGCCUUAGUACAGCAAUAUGUAGUGAGAAUAAGGGCUUUCGAAUGCUGGAGAAAAUGGGCUUCAAGACUGGAGAGGGCUUAGGGAAAUCAAGGAUUGGUAUUAAGGAACCUAUUGAUAUCAAAUUGAGGCAAGGCACUUCUGGAGUUGGCCGAGAAUCUCACAUCAAAGAAGUUUUAAGUAAGAAGCAGAAUCAGAAGAUUAAGAACUUGAAACAUUACGAGACACAAUUUAGGCUUGCCAAUAAGGAGAAGAAAAACUUGGGUCAGAUACGGAGAGACUUUUUUAAAGCUCAGAAAAUCUGUGAAGAAUUAGACUUUAGAAAGAAUAUUAAAGAUCCUGUAGCUGACUUCUUUUGGACCAAAGAAACCAUAAAACGACGUAGGAAACUAGGCAAAGAAUCCUAUGAUGACAACAGUGAUAGCAGUGAUGAAGAUGAUGAGUUUGAGCAGUAUGUUACUGAAGAGAACUUGUAUGCAAUAAUAGACCAUAUUAGAAAUAAGCAUAUAUACUGUCUUUAUUGUGUUAUUACUGGUAUAGACAUGGAAGACUUAAAAGAAAACUGUCCAGGUCCAUACCGAAUGGAUCAUGACGAUGAAAUGGAUUGAGUUGUAUAGUUUACUUAGUACUUAACUAUUCCUAAUUAUAUGAGGAUAAGUAACUGAUCAAUUCCAUUGUUAUUUAUUAUUUUAUUUCCGAGUUUUGAUGUUUGUGUUGUUAUUGUAUUUUCCUUUAUAAAUAGCUAUAUAUUAGCUAUGUAUAGUUUGUAUAUAAACUUUCUUCUUUGGUCUAAAUAGUUAUUAGAGAAUACAGAAAAGAGUUGUAAAACA